GUCGACUGAAUGCUCCUUGUAUGGCGCAGGGGCAUUUGUUCCAUCCAAAUGGCCGAUGCUGCACCCCACUCCGAUCAUGCGACCUUCAUUUCUUUAAGCAACUUCGGCGAUUCUUGCGUGCUCGAUGUGAAACACCAAGCGGCUGCGAGCACGAACAGCGUCAGAUGGAUGGAGCUGAUCAGACGCAAUGUCAGACGCACUGUCAGCACGACGACUAGUCAGACCCAAGCAGACGCAAGGGUUUCGUCUCCGAGUCCACUCGCUCACUCGUCGCGAUGCUGCCAGACAGACAUCGCGCCGCGGUACCUACAAGCUGGGGCAUACAGCAUCAGAACCCACUCUGCUCGAAAAAGGGCCCUCGGAGCAAAGUGUCCACCGCAUGACUGUCCUCGCGGUUAUAAGGCCAGGUUGACGUUCAGCGUGAACACCGGGCUUGCCUGCUCCCCGUCAUCUACAACACUUCAUAUCGAUCCACUCGACAUCGGCUCAGUAUGGCGCACGCAUCGAUCGAUCCGCGCGCCCUUGGUGGCGGCCUGGCUCCAGUGGCGGAAGAUGUCACUGUCGCAUCCUCGCCGAGUGGCCAGAAACUCACUCGAGAAAGCGAAAAAGUCACCGGCGCAGCAGUACAACGCGAGACCAACGAUGCCGAAGCGGUGGAGGCUCACAUCCUUCGUCGCACUGCCGAGCAAAAAGCGCAACAGCGCGCUGCGGAUGAGAAACGUCUGGUGCGCAAGAUCGAUAUUCGCUUGAUUCCUAUCGCCAUCAUCCUGUACCUAUGCAACUACUUGGACCGGAACACCAUCAGCGCAGCACGACUGAGCUUCAUGCAAAGGGACCUGGACCUGGACGAUUCUCAAUGGGCGACGAGCAUUGGCAUUCUGUUCGUCUCCUACAUCCCUCUGCAGCUAGUCAGCAACUUGCUCCUGGCCUGGUUCGGACGCCCAAGAUUGUUCAUCCUAUGCGCAGUCAUUUUGUGGGGCACAAUCUCCGCUCUCACCUCCUUGGCACACAACUUUGCUUCUCUGAUCCUCAUUCGCCUCUCGUUGGGAGUGGCAGAGACUGUCCUCUUUCCCGGAAUGCUCUUUGUGCUGAGCAAGUGGUACACUAGAAAAGAACUCAGCUUGCGUAUGGCCCUGCUGUUCUCCGGUUCCCUCAUCUCAAACGCCAUCUCCGGUCUUAUCAGUGCAGGCAUCCUAGGUGGCCUCGAGGGAGCUGCCGGCAUUCGCGCCUGGCGUUGGUUGUUCAUCAUCCUUGGAGCCUGCACGGUCGUGAUAGGCUUCCUUUGCAUGCUUGUCAUGCCUGAUUUUCCCGAGAACACUUCCUUCCUCACCGAAGAAGAAAGGACCUUGGCCGUCGGUCGCAUCGCAGAGGAUGGAGGAGAACGAGAUGAUGGAGACGAUCAGGAUGGAGAAAAUACGCCGAUGAAUGGUUUCAAAUUGGCUGUCAAGGAUCCCGCAACUUGGGUCUUGACGCUCAUGCAGACGACCAUCACUCUUGGUACAACCUUCAACCAAUACUUUCCCACCGUCGUCAGCACCCUCGGUUUCGAAAAGACGACCACGCUGCUCAUAACAUGUCCUAUUUGGGCCUUCGGUGUCAUUGUCUUGCUCCUCAACGCAUUGCACGCGGAUCGCACCGGAGAGCGCACAUGGCACAUUAUCACUCCUCUCCUCUUUGGUAUCGUGGGAUUCAUCAUCGCCUCCGCAACUACUGCUCUAGGAAGCAGAUUCCUGAGUCUGUUCCUCAUGGUGCAGUCCUAUGCUGCUUUCCCGAUCAUUUUGAGCUGGAUCGCCCAUACCCUUUCUCGGCCGACGUACAAGCGAACAGUGGGUAUCGCAAUUUGCAAUGCUCUAAGUCAAAUCUCCAACAUAGUCGGAGCGUACAUGUGGGGAGAAAAGUACGCCCCGCGUUACUGGCCCGGUAACUUGGCCUGCUCGCUCUGCUUCUUGAUCUGCAUAGGUUCAGCUCUUUCUCUAAGAGUCAUGCUUCUCAGGCGACAAAAACAAAUAGAUACAGAGCUGGACGAGGCCGAAGGCAUCGUCUACGAUCAUGCUGGGCCUACGACCGACCUCACCAUCGCUCCAGAUGGUGAGACCGCAGGUGCGGCCACGCAAGACGCCAGCAAUGAGGCUGAGAGCAACACCUUCAUGAAGGCUCUACACACCCUCAAGAGCCGUCAAGACACCAUGUCGGACUUUUCCGGUCCAUCGCGCACCGUGAUGCGUCGGAGGCCCCAAAGGUACUUGGUGUAGGCGCUCGACACAUUGCGCUCUCAACCUACUGCGCGCACUAUCUCCUCCCCCCGCUCCUCGUGAAACUGCGCAAGCUCGACGUCGGUUCCACCUCAUCAAUUUUAGCGGAAGGAAUGUCAUUGUAAUUGUGUUUCUUGCUUCUCUGAAAUAAUGAUUGUGAC